CUCUGAUUGCGAUGGGGAACUUAACCUUAUUCACAGUGAAUUCAAUUGCGUGUUGGGUUGUCAAAAAGGUGUAGGAAGUUUGAUUCAACUUACUGAUCAGUCGCGACCUUGUGCUGAGUGAAAGUGGUGGAAAGGCGUUGGAGAAACUGCUCAGGAUUGUGAUCUUGAUCAUAGCUAGCAAGCUGUAUUUUCAUGAGAGGAGGGAGGGGAUGGGAGGGAGGCCAAUCCGACUCGCAAAAUAAGAGAACUGAUUAGGCGUUUUCGGAAUGAUAAUUUUGACAACUACAUUCUGUCCGUGUGUUAUGAAGUCUUACUGUUGCGUUGUCAUUUUUGUUGCAAGUUUUCUAAAGCUUUUAAUGAUGUGGUUAAACGUCAGCUUGGGCCAGGUUGUAACGUUAUUAGCAAACGUUAAUUGACGUUACUGAGUAAGCUUGCCACUUAACCAUCUAGGCCUUUCUAAGAUUCGCUAACUACCCAGAGAGCUUGUACUGUCGUUAAAUCAGAUAACGGCACAUUAUCAUAAGCAGAGCACGCAAAAGAACCUCUAUAAUGUCUUGACAAAUCAAUGGUUAACUGCAAAACUGGUUAUUUGGACCCGUAACUGUACUGCUAUUUGCCUUUGAAGAAGCUCUCUGUGUAUGCUUUGGAAUGGGGAAUAAUAACAACGGGUUAGUGAACGGAAGGGUAAGUGAAAGUGAACGAAUAUGGCCAUCUGGUUUCCGUCAGACGGACAUGCAUUGUUAAUCCGCCUCCAGGAUUUUUUCCCUCCUGUUCUAAUCCAGCAUGUCUCGGCGAGGAAAUCAGAUGCACUGCUGGGAUUUAGAUUAGCUGAAUCGGACGUGACUGGCGGUCUGAACCAGUUGCGUCUGUAUGUUUCCUCUAUGUUAGUAGCCUAGUUUGUCACUCCCAUCAUGUUAAACUAGCGCGUUCUAACGUUCCGCAGAAGUUCAACUACAUGGUUUCGCUGUUCAGGUGUUGAAAACUGACACGCAAAGACAACGAUACAGCCCUGAUCAGCAAAAAUGUCCUUAAUUGAGGAGAAUAUUGUGAGAAGGAAUCAACCACAUCAGCCAAUCGUAUACCGGAAACAGGCAUUACUCUGUGCUGAAGACAACCUAAAAUCAAGAGGUCACACCCACUCUAGACCUAAGAGGCUUACAGUGAGGAAUGUGAGGUGUUCAGCCAGUGAUUAUUGAUGCAAGAGGUAGGGAUCAGAGAUGACAGCAUGGCUGAUGAGGAAAAACCUGCCAUAGUGCCACCUGUCUUUGUGUUUCAGAAAGAUAAAGCUCAGAAGAGGUCUCUGGAUGGGUCCAGUGCUGAAGAUGGAGAGGAUUCCGAUAAAGAGGACAGCUACAGCCCUCCUGUCAAGAGAGAGAGAGCUUCGUCGUUUACACACUUCCCACCCUCCAACUCUGUUUCCAAGAACAAUGUGUUCAUGCCUUCCACUUUCUGUCAGUCUCCAACUGGAAAUUCAGAUUCAGAACCAGAGGAGAAGACCGUUGGCUUUCGCUUGAAACCCCCGACGCUGAUCCAUGGCCAGGCUCCAAGUACUGGAGUGCCCAGUCAAAAGCCCAAGGAACAGCAACGGAGUGUCCUUCGCCCCGCAUUGCUACAGGCACCCCCACCCAAGGCCUUCGCCCAGUGCAACUCCAAGAGCAGUACCAAUGGAGUGAACCAGCAGUCAGAGGGGCAGUCAGAUGCUCAGAACAGCACAGAGGACACCAGGGGCAGCACGGAGGACAUGGCCAAGGCACUGGCAAGCGACAAAGCAGAGGAUGGAGCCAAGGGGCAAGGGGAGAACACCGAGGAGAAAGGCCCUCAGUUGGAAGCUACGUUUGUGUUCGGGCAAAACCUCCGAGACCGAGCAAAGGUGGAAGAAAGCUGUAACUCAAAAAGCAAAAACAGGGGGUCGGAGUCCGAGGAAACCAAUUACUUUCUACAGUAUAUCAACACCACGGGCACCAACCGGGCCGCCAACAAUGCUGACUCCAGUGCGAAGUUUGUGUUUGGACAGAACAUGUCUGAUCGUGUCCUGAGUCCCCAUAAAAGCGGCGAGGCAUCAGUGGAGGGCAGUAAAGACGCUUCAUCAUCUGCUCCAGUCCCUGAGCCAUCUAGCUCCUCACAGGAGAGCACCCCAGAGAAGGACGGCAGCAGUGCGACAGAGUCGCUGGUGCAGUCUGCUGCUGCCUACACCAAAGCCACAGCCAAGAGGUGCCUGCUGGAAAAGGUGGAGGUCCGCACCGGGGAGGAGUCUGAGAGCAACGUGCUACAGAUACAGUGCAAGCUUUUCGUGUUUGACAAGCCAGCUCAGUCCUGGAUAGAGAGAGGACGAGGACUACUCCGACUGAAUGACAUGGCAUCAAAAGAUGAUGGGUCACUGCAGUCAAGAUUGGUGAUGAGAACCCAGGGCAGUCUGCGCCUGAUCCUCAACACCAAACUGUGGCCUCAGAUGCAGGUGGACAAGGCCAGUGAGAAGAGCAUCCGCAUCACGGCCAUGGACACUGAGGACCAGGGGGUCAAGGUGUUUCUCAUAUCGGCCAGCUCGAAGGACACAGGGCAGCUGUUCGCAGCUCUUCACCACCGCAGCCUGGCGCUCCGCAGCCGGGCCGACCAGGAGCCGGAGGUCAGGGUGCCGAUGCCCGAGGUCACAUGCUGCCACGAGGAGGACAGCGACGAGGAGAAUCAGCACGGCUCCAGCACUGCCACGGCCGCUCCCCCUGCGCCCACACCUGCGCCGGCCAGUGCAGGUGAGGCUGAAGAAGGAGAAGCUCAGUCCACAGAGAGCACAUAACCUCAACUCUUCUCCUGUCCACACCAUGCCCUCUCUCUCUCUCCCCCCCCCCCCCUCUCUCUUUCUCUCUCUCCCCCCCACUCUCUCCCAACCUCUCUCUCUCUCUCUCCCAACCUCUCCCUGCGGAGCGAAGCAGACUACCCCAUUGCCUCAGUCAGCACUUCUGUCCUCCAGCAGAUGGCGCUCCAGGCUGGAUCCUAUGCAGGUGUUUCCUCCUGCUCCAUAUCAGUGCGCUCAAUCUCCUCCCCCUCUCUGCAGUACACUGGGCAGCACUGGAGGGAGGAGGGCUGUGGAACUGCAGCGCCUCUUGUGGCGGCUUGCGGAAGUCUCAUCAUAUUGAUGAGCGGAUGGGCAUCGGACAGAAGGAUCUCUAAAGGUUUGGGGGUUGACUGAAGAUUCUUUUACUUGUGGUUCAGGUGUAAAGUUUUAACAGUGGUUCAGAUGUACAGUUUUGACAGUAUGCAUUUGAUCUGUCUAUCCACUAACUGGAAGAAAAGAAAAAAAAAUCACAGUAGUAGUAAUAGUUCCUGAAGGCCUUGAAUUGUUGUUUUGAGAGGGGGGAGAUCAGCCAGCUCUCAGAUCACCAUUUUUAAACAUCAUUUCACAUUUCUUUUUUUUCUUUUUUCUUCUUCUUGUCAUGGAGUAAUAUCUGAAAUACCUAUGAAUCACACUUUAUCUUUUAUAAAGACAAACACAUUGUUUUCUAGCUUUUCUCAGUCUGUUAAGAGAUUAUAUGCCCUCUGACACUUUUUUUUUUUACAUUUACUCUCUUCGUUUCCAUUUCAAAGUCCUGUUAGGUCUACACAGACCCUUCAAAAGUAUCUGAAGGGACUAAUGUUCCACUGACUAAUCUGAAAGGCAUUUCAUGGUCACUUAGUUACACCAUUAAAUGAUUAUUAUUUACACCAUAGUAAUAGAAACACCGGGUGAUCAUUUAACACCUAUAUCUGUCAGUAAGUAUUUUAACUGGAUUGUUUCACUGCGUUUUAUUGAAGGUUUCCCCUCUCUGUGUACGCUAUGGGAGUUAGAUAUUCAUAGAAGGUUAGAAAGAGGGGGAAAAACUGCUAAUGCAAUGGUUAGUCAGCAUUCAUAGCUGUGCUGGAAAUGCCAGGUGG